AUGAAGUUUGGUCAAAGAGUGCAAGAGUUUAUAUACUCAUUAAGCACUGACGAUAAAUACUCCGAAUAUGACUCGAGAAAAUCCUUUAAUAGAGUCAACAAACCAGAUUCUGAGAACCUUUUGGGUAUGCAUUCACAAAUUAGCAACUCAUCAGUGGAUUCUAUAAAUAAUAUAAUUGCAAAUGAACCCAACGAUAGCUAUGAAGGUGUACAUGAAAUGAAGUUGGCAUGGAGGCAUAUCAAACACUGGUUGGUAAAGUACGCACCCGAUUUGAACAGUUCCUUACUGAGCAAAUGCACCACGUCCGAUAUGGAAGAUUUUCAGAAAGAUUUACGCAUCAAACUACCACAAUCUGUUUUGCAAUUUUUUAAAAUCACUGAUGGCCAACUGAAUUUUGGUAACCAACUAAAUAUGGAUACUAAUGGUCUCAUUUUUGGGCUAAAGUUGAUGUCCUUGGAUGAGAUAAUGAUACAGACAGAAAAUUGGAGGAAAGUUGCUGAUUACAUUAAUACCGGAAUUAGCCAUCAAAACCACAAGGCCAACGAACCAAGCAAAUUACCUACAUCACAUGCAAGCACGAGUCAGUACAAGAAGAAAUUGAGCCUCAAUACAAGCAGUGAGUUGUCGUCCGCAAGAACAUCGUUUGACUUGACUGAUGAACAGUCGAGAAAAACAUCAGUCUCCUCACAUGGUUCCGACUCAUCUAGUGGUAAAUCGGCCCAAAAUCAUCUGAAGAUGCCAAAGCAGAGAUCGAUACCUCCAAAUAUGAUAUAUGAAACUUUCGCCCAUCCCAUGUGGAUUCCAUUGGUAACAGACGAAGUGGGUAAUUACAUUGGAAUUGAUCUUUCUCCCGCAUCUGCAGGAAAAUGGGGUCAAGUGAUUUUAUUUGGAAGAGAUUUUGACUUUAAAUUUCAGAUUGCUGAUACUUGGGGUGAUUUCUUGUUGAUUUUUGCUAAUGAUUUGGAAAUGGGCAACUGGGAUAUCAAGGCCAAUCAAAAGAAUAAUGAUGGUGACUUGUUCAUUGGUAAUGAGGGUGAGAUAGUUUUUGUUGAUAAAGAAUCGAAAUUGGAAGUGCCUUACUUGGAGGUGCUAAAAAGAAGAGCAGUUAAAAAAUGGAUGACAAUGUUGGAAAAUGAGCCUCUGGAGAAUAUAAAUAAGGAAUUGUUGGACGAGUUGAAACAUAACGAGGUAUCAAUUCUCGCUCUACAUAACAAGAGCUUUCAACCAAUCGACGCUUUUAUAACUAGAAACUUGAACUUGCUAGAUCAUGCUAAAACGCUGGAGAUAGCUGGCGACGACGGUGAUAAUGACAACAAACCAGCACAAAAAUCGGACAAACCUGCACCUAGCUUGGGCUUCAAUUCAAAAGCCAAUAGUAGCAAGAGCCCGUUAUCACAAGAAGUGACCGAAGCAGACGAAGAGGUAGAUGAUGUCGACGAAACGAAGCUAGUAACAGAUGAUGAUAAAACGUUACAAGAAGUAGAUAUUAGAACUUAG